GAUUUCCAAACUAUACUCAAACCAAUCCAGCCAAACCAAAACCCCCUACCGAUCACCGGAAAAUGUGCGACACCUUGAAGAACAACUACCACAUCUGCGAGGAGAUUGGCCGCGGCCGAUUUGGCACAAUCUCUCGCUGCUUCUCCCCCGUCAAGAACGAAUUCUUCGCCUGUAAAAUCAUCGACAAGAACCUCCUCACCGAUACCACUGACCGCGAGUGUCUCCAGAACGAAGCCAAGAUCAUGACAAUCUUGUCUCCGCAUCCAAACAUUGUUCAGAUCCACGACAUCUAUGAAACCGAUGACUCCCUCACCAUGGUCAUGGAGCUCUGCGAGCAGUACACUCUCUAUGACCGGAUUAUCAACAGUAAUGGCGGUUUGUGCGAGGGGGAAUCAGCAUCCAUUAUGAAACAGUUGUUAAAUGCGAUUGCUCAUUGUCAUAGAUUCAAUAUAGUUCACAGGGACAUCAAGCCAGAUAACAUAUUGUUCGACUCGCGAAACAGGGUGAAAUUGGCGGAUUUUGGGUCGGCUGACUGGCUUGGAGAGGUAGGGACAAUUAGUGGUGUGGUAGGAACGCCGUAUUAUGUGGCGCCGGAGGUGGUGAUGGGAAGGGAGUACAAUGAGAAAUCCGAUGUGUGGAGUGCUGGCGUCGUUUUAUAUGUGAUGUUGGCCGGGAUCCCGCCGUUUUACGGGGAGACGGUAGAGGAGAUAUUCGAAGCGGUUAUUAGAGGGAAUCUGAGGUUUCCGCCAAAGCUUUUUAGGACGGUUUCUUCUUCCGCGAAGGAUCUGUUGAGAAAGAUGAUCUGUAGAGAUGUUUCACGGCGAUUCUCAGCUGAACAAGCUCUAAGGCACCCAUGGAUUGUAAACGGAGGAGAGACAAUUUCAGUGGACUAAUCUGCCCUCAAUAAAAGCAAGAAAAUACAACUGAAAAAAAAAAAUAGCUUAUCACUGUGUACAUAUACGUCUACGUAUCAGCCCUCUAAGAUUCCAUGUGUCCUCUGCGCAACACAAACCGCCAUGACCUAUCCUUCCAGGUUUCAGUUUUGAUAAAGAAGAAAUCGACAAAAGCGUCACAUGACUGGCUCUUCUACCGAGAAAAGUUUCAUCACUGUUUGUUUUUCUUUUUUUCAAUUUGAGAAUCUGAGAGAGUACAUAUAUGUAUAAAGAAAUAAAAAUAAAACAGAGAGAAACCCAUCUUUCCCCGCUUUUGCCCUGUUUUUUGGGCCGAGGAAGUGAGAAAGCUGACUAGUUUGUAUUGAGAGUAAAUUGCUUUUGCUUUUAUGUAAGCAUCUCGUCUUGUGUACGAGUUUUGAAAUUUUGGAUUUCUUUUUUCGAUUUUGUUAA